AGAGUGAGUCUGCGUUGUCUGAAAAAUACUGAUAUAGUGUUAAGAUCUGUUAUAGAUAUCUAUGUGGAACCGUUGUCUCUUUAGGAUGUUGUCAGUCGGAUUUCAAUAUCAGAUGGGCCGCUGAGGAUGACGGGAGAAAGAUGGCGCUGCCCUUACUGAGGUGCUGCAGCUGUAACAGGCCCGUUUCGAUUCUGAUCCGGUUCUUUACAUCGAAGUCAUUUUUAGCGAAUCGGUCCAGACGACUCGCCCCCGUGGCGUCUGCAGUGUGCGAUGCUCGCCAGUACAGCUCUGAGCGAGGGAGACACAAGCAGAACCAGAAGGUUGUGGUUGUUGGGAUCCCGAACCCCUUCAUCUGGUUCCGAACCCGCAUCUACUUCUUCCUCAUCCGAACUUACUUCGACAAAGAGUUUAGCAUUGAGGAGUUCAUGGAAGGAGCCAAACAGGCUUUCUCACAUGUAUCAAGAUUGCUGUCUCAAUGCAAGUUCGAGGCUCUUGAGGGAUUAGUAGCUAAAGAUCUAAUAGGGAAACUCGAGGAAAAAUGCGCUCAAUUGCCUGGGAGCCACCAGAGGGCGCUGUCUGCUGAGUCUGAGGAGAUCAUGUACACAACAACAGGAGAUGUGGGCAUUUACUAUGAUGAUAGCGGGAGGAAAUAUGUAAGUAUUUUGAUGCGUUUUUGGUACUUGACAAGUGCCAGACUUCCUGAUGAGAGUAUGGAGGGAGCAAGAAUAUUCCAGGUUACUAUUGGUGCGGAGGGAGAGAGACCAGAGACCAAGAGAUUGCUGACAGCCAAUUAUGAAUUCCAAAGGGAGUUUACCCAAGGUGUAACUCCAGAUUGGAUCAUCACGAGAAUAGAGCACUCAAAACUUCUUGAUUAAGUGUGUUUAACUUGGAUAGGAGAGUUUUUUUUUUUCAUGCUUUUUUCAUUUAAUAUUGCUCAUCAUGCCAAAACAUGUAGGCACAAUUCACUAAGCUUCACUGGGAAAAAAUAAUGCUGAAAUAUUGUCAGCUCCAGGUACUUUCCAUGGGCAACAGAAGGUUAUAAAUGUUGAUUUGCUGUAUGCUUCAGUGGGUUUCUUCUCACUGAUUUCAUAUUAUUAACUGUUUUGUUGUUUGUAAUUUAUGGUUUGCUCCUCGUUGAUCAGUUUGGUCAUUUAAAAAAGUUUUUUUUUUUUUUUUUUUACACUGUGUAAUGAGUUUUGGGGUGAAGUUGACUGCACAUUGCGCAAACUGCAACUGAACUGUAAACCUAUACAAGAAAAAUCAGGAGAAAAAGAGCAAUUCUUUAGUAUUGAAGCCACAAAGACCACUGCCUGGAUACUUUGAAAGACAGGCUCAUACAAAAUGAUGAACUGACCAGUAAGUUCUGUAACGAUUUUAUCAAACCUUCCAUGUUAUGUAAAAAGUUUUAGUGCAAAAAAACAUGUAAUAAAAUAUCAUAAUUCAUAAAAAUAUUGUACAUUUAAUUUUCUCCAGAAUAUUAUAAAUGGUUAGUAAUUCUAAUGGCAUCUACUUAUUUUAUGAUGUCAUGUACAGAAAAGAAAUAUGGAACCAAAUAUUAUUUUUCCAUCAUUGUAAUUUUUCUUGGUUUUGUACAUGGUUUUAUUUAUUUAUUUAUUUUUCUCUUCAUUGAACAAAAUGCAGUACCUUUUAAUGCUUAAUAACAUGCUUGUUUCUAU